CAGCCUCCCUGGCCGUCUGCGGCUCCAGCUCCGGCUCCGGCUGCCAUUGGCUUAGCGGCCCCAUCCGGGCACUUGGCGCAGCGCUACUGCUCAGCCCGAGCGGUCCCAAUAUGGCGGAGGCUUCCUUUGGAAGUUCGAGCCCAGUUGGCUCUUUAUCUUCUGAGGAUCAUGAUUUUGACCCUACUGCUGAAAUGUUAGUACAUGACUAUGAUGAUGAGAGAACUCUUGAAGAGGAGGAAAUGAUGGAGGAGGGCAAAAACUUCAGCUCUGAAAUUGAAGAUUUAGAAAAGGAAGGAAGCAUGCCUUUAGAAGAUUUACUGGCUUUCUAUGGCUAUGAACCUACAAUUCCAGUUAUAGCAGGUUCCAGUGCAGAUAGCUCCCCAAGUGAACUUGCGGAUGAACUGCCAGAUAUGACUCUGGACAAAGAGGAAAUAGCUAAAGACCUCUUGUCAGGUGAUGAUGAAGAAACACAGUCUUCUGCUGAUGACUUGACACCAUCAGUUACUUCACAUGAAGCUACAGACUUCUUUCCUCGACCUUUAAGAUCAAACACUACGUAUGACGGAGAUAAGGAAUCGGAUGGUGAAGAUGUUGAGGCAGACACUUGUAAUUCAUCUGAAGAUUUGAGGAAGGAAAUAAUGGUUGGUUCACAGUAUCAGGCUGAAAUACCACCUUACCUGGGCAAGUACAGUGAUGACGAAAAGGUGUAUGAAAAUGAAGAUCAGUUACUUUGGAGACCUGAGGUGCUUUCAGAGAUUAAGGUUAAAGAAUACCUUUUUGAGACCUCGUUAAGAACUGGAAAUGAAAAAAAUAUUGGAAGAAUUCCUGAAGGAAUACACACACGGGACAAUGAACAAGCACUCUAUGAACUACUCAAAUGUAACCAUAAUAUAAAAGAAGCAAUUGAGAGGUAUUGCUCAAACGGAAAGGCAUCUCAAGAAGAGAUGACAGCUUGGACAGAAGAAGAAUGCAGAAACUUUGAACAUGCACUUCUGAUUUACGGGAAAGAUUUUCAUCUCAUACAGAAAAAUAAGGUGAGAACUAGAACAGUUGCUGAAUGUGUAGCAUUCUACUACAUGUGGAAGAAAUCAGAACGUUAUGAUUACUUUGCUCAGCAAACAAGGUUUGGAAAGAAGAGGUACAACCAUCAUCCAGGGGUAACGGACUAUAUGGAUCGGUUGGUAGAUGAAGCAGAAGCCCUUGGUGGAGCAGUACAUUCUUCAGCCUUAACUUCUAACAGCAGAACAGAGCCCAUUCCUGAUCAACAGCUAAGCAUUCUGAACUCUAUCACUGCCAAUGACUUGACAGCAUUGACCAAUAGUGUAGCUACAGUCUGCCACUCUACAGAUGUGAACUGCUUGGAAGAUGCCUUUUCUCCUCUGGACAGCUUACCCCGAGCACCAGUUAAUCAUGUGCCUGUUGUAACAGAAGAGUUGCUUACCUUGCCUAAUAAUGGUGAAAAUGAUUGUUUUAAUUUAUUUGAGACUGGAUUUUAUCACUCGGAGUUAAACCCAAUGAACAUGUGCAGUGAAGAGUCAGAGAGACCUGCCAAGAGAUUAAAAAUGGGGAUUGCGGUCCCUGAAUCCUUUAUGAAUGAUGUUUCUGUAAAUAACUUGGGUGUGGACUUUGAGAACCACACACAUCAUAUUACCAGUGCCAAAAUGGCUGUCUCAGUGGCUGACUUCAGCAGUCUAUCUGCAAAUGAGACAAACGGUUUCAUUAGUGCCCACACUCUACACCAACAUACUGCCCUUCACUCAGAAUGAUUCCAGUGGUGAACUACAAAAACAGUGGGUACUUAAUGCAGCAGCAGACUUGAUGAGAACUGUCAGGUUUGCUUAGUCUUUCACUGGAAGUUUGAACUUUAUGACAUCAGUGAUGUCUUUGUAUGUAUAGAACUAUAUCUUGAUUUAUCAAGAAUAAUUUCAUUUUUCAAUCCAUACGUGUGGAAAUGUCAAUGAUGUUCGGCAGAGUUUGGGAUUAAGAGAACUCUGGUGCAGCUUUAAGCUCUGCUUCAAUUUUUUUUAAAGCCUGUAGACAGAGGUCACCAUCUCAAAACCAGCACAGAAGUUGUGAACUGAUUGGAGUGGCUUUUGCCGUAACAGAUGCAGUGGAAUAACAAUGUUUACAGGUACAGAUCCUGAUUCCUGCUCAAUGUAGCAUUUUAUUUUUUUUAUAAGGCAGGGAUGGGUUUCUUUAAUUUAAACUGCACAAACAAGGAUGUUUUUUAAUGGAACCUUCUCUCAUGUGAUACUAAACUAGGGCACUUCGGUUUACAAAACAGCGAGUUCAUCUUGGUGGAAGCGAGCACAAGGGACUGUAUGAGCAAAGUGUGAAGACAUACACUUAGAUGCUGUUGCAAAAAUAUAGGCCAUGGCUACCUUACACAGAAGUAGUUAACUGCCAGAAGGUUUCUGUGUACUUAAACUUAUUGGCUAAACAAAUGCAUUUUAGAAUAUUGUAUUCUGAUGGGGUUUUGUCCACAACUUUGAAGAAUGUAAUGUAAUAAAUAACACCAGUUAUUGUGUAUCAACUUUUUUCUAAGGCAGCUGAUGUAUAAAGCCACAGUCUGCACAGUUUAGGAUUGACCACUAAAUGGUUUCUAUUUGGGACACACCUUAAAUUGUUUGGAGCACUGCAGUUCAUUUGAGAGACUAUCUAGAUUUUUAUAUAGUGCAGUACAACCUUGAAGUAUACAUUUGAAAAUUUUCUUUAGCAUGGAUUACGUUUAUUUCUUUUGGCAAGUCAUUUGUCUCAAAAUGGCAUUUCAGUACUUUUCUCAAUGGGGAUUGACAGAAGUACAAGUGCAUCUCAUACUCAAAAUAAUUGUUUAUUCCAAUCAAUUUUUUGGUGAAUAUUCAGAUGAAAUUUUGGGUGACCAUAAAUGAUUCCAUUUAAUACCCUUUUAUUUAAGUUGUGUUACAGAUUCCGACAAAACAUAGUAUUGGUAUGUGAUAUGCUUCCAGAGCAUACGACUUUCAGGUUUGUGCUUUUUUCAUUUUUUGUUUACGAGAUUCUGAAGUUUAUCCCAGUACAAUUGAAUUGCAGUAGGCUUUCCCACACGCACCCAGACUUUUCUUUGCACUGUCUGUAAUGCAGAUUUAAUUGCCACUAAUUUGCUUGCAUUUUUUUUAAUGCUUAAGUUUGACUGCAUUGGUAAUAUUUGUAGUAAUUGCUUCAAGGUUAUGCUGAGUAAUAUAGUAGUAGAGACUUUGGGUAGUAUUUGAAAGGGACGAGGGUAUUUAUUAUAUAUACUGUGAACUGCAUUGACAUCCUGAGUUUUGGAUGCAGCGUACCCCCGAGUUUUCUUUACAGCAUUGUAAUGAAGAUUGCUUUGAACUGUUUACGCAAUAGCACAUUUACCAUAAAAAUUAGUUUAGCACAGUGGACAAAAGUAGUUAGUGAUAAUUUGUUAUCCAUUCUUUAACUUAAAUCUGAAAUAUGUAAUUCUAGUAAGUACACAGUAAAUAACGGGUAGCCUUGGCCCUGUGUUGUACUCUGACAUUUGUAGCCAAGUUGUCAGCUUCUUGUUGCUGUGUUUUGUGCUGAACUUUGUACCUUGUUUCUUUUGUUUAUGAAUCAACACAUUUUAUGUACUUUUGUAAAAUACUAGCCAUAUUUUUUCAUUGUUAUACAUACAAGUUUAACUAUGGGUUUACAGUGGCUGGUCUGUAUAAAAAUCAUUACACAAAGAUGACUGAAUGCUUAUACCAGUUGCACUUAAAUGAACAUGCCCAUUCUCAUUAGCUGAUGCAGUAAUAUAUUCAGUUUAUCUAUGCAUUGCUGGGAUCUUAAUAUAGACAGAGACUUGUCUAAAGUUUGGAUUGUCAGCAAGUUGAAUGGACACUUUAGUUAUUUAAUAAAGACUUUUGACCAAAAUUCAGAAAAUGAUAUGAGAGAAAAAUGAUUUCCAGCUAGUUUAAUAGAUUUUUAAAUUCUAAUCUUAUUUAGCCUCUUGGCUAGCUAGCUGGUAACAUUUACUUUUAAUUCCUUGUUAAAAUGAGGCAAUAAUUUGCAAGAUUUGUAAAUAUGUACAUUCUGCAUAUCUUUUUAGAUAUCUAUUUCAGUAUUUUCUGACUACUUGUGUAUAGUAACAUUUUUGUGCAUGCUUGAUGUGACAUUCAUAAAUUUGUACCACUAUGACUUUAUCCUUGUAAAAUAGCUAUUUAUUGAAUUUUUCUUUUAAAAGCUGGACUUACCUAUUUUUCUCUCAGUUUAAACAUUUAAAUGGAGAACUUGUUACUGUUUAUUAAAAGAAUUGCGUUUUUAAGGGUCAGCAUGAAGAUAACUGAAUUGCAACCACAUGAAGAAAUUAUAUUGCCUUGAUUCUUGGAUGGUGAAGCACAAUUCUUGUAACAAACUGUGAUGAAUUCUUUGUCCUUUGCCAUGUGUUUUUUUUUCUUCAUAUGAACAAACCAAAAAUCCAUAAUGGGCAAUUGCAGUGUUGGUAGAUGUAUCUUUUCUGUACAGGGAAUCUGAAGAGGAUAGCUGAUUCAUUUAGAAGUGUAACUGGUGCUGUGAUUAUAGCAAUACUUUUUCUUUUGUUAGUCAUGUCAUCUUCUCAUGCUAGAUUUUUAAAUGUUUAGUUUUCCUCUUGUCAUGGUCAAACUGCUGAAUUUACUUGAAGGAUGUACAUUACUGUUUGCAGAAUACUAAAUUGUGUACAAUUAGGUCAAUGAAUUGUGCAAUUGUUUCCUGUUUUUAAUUUUUAAAACUGAGGGUCAAAAAUGUGUGAAAACUUCAGAUCCAGUAGAACAUAGUAUUACUACGUAAUUUAACCAAAGUCUCUAGUGAAUAUUUCAACUUUGAAUGUAAACUAAUGGAUAAACUGACCAACAGGGACACACUUUGCCCAGAGUUACAAGCACAUUAUCUACAAAGGGGAAACUAAAUACAGUAAUUUAUAAAAUGACAAGGUUACUAUUUUUUUAAUGUUUUUCACUUAAAGAAGGAAAUUACCGAUUAUUGUUUAAAAUAGUAUAGUUCUGAUUAUGGCCCAUUACGCCACCAGUGAUUCCAGCCUUUCCCAGUUUGAAAUAAGCACCCUGUGUAUAAUGACCUAAACCAGUGACAAUCGGAACAAGUUUUAAUAUCAGAUGUUCAAGAGGAAGUCGCUAUUGUUGCAUUGGUUUUAAUAUUUGUACAUAAACACUGAUUUUUUUGAGCAUUAUUUUGUAUUUGUUGUACUUUAAUACCUGGUGUACAGUUCCAGAAAUAAAUGUCUGGAAACCUUU